AUUUAUCUUUUUCAUCGUGCAUUUCUCAUUUUAUUUUUCCAUUAAAAAAUAUAUGAUUAGCAGCACUUAGUUCUCCAUUUUUCCACAGCAUUAGAAAUCAAUUUAAGGAAAUCCAAUAAUCCGUUAAGCAACCCAGUUUUGGUGCCAAUAUGGACCUAUCGGAUAUAGCGAGAAAGCUUGGUCUCUCAGAGCACAAGUUGCUGGUCCGAAAAGCAGCGGAGCUCCGCCGCCUCUGCGAUGUCCAGUUCGAUUCUUCCAUUAUCGGUGUCGGAGAGGUUUGUAAAGCUGUAAUAUGCUUAGAAAUUGCUGCUACAAGGUUUGGGGAGGUUAUAUUUGAUCGGCAGAAAGCUGUCAAGUUAAGUGGAAUGUCAGAAAAGGCUUACAAUAGAUCUUUCAAUUCCUUGCAGAAUGGUCUAAAUAUCAAAACAAAGCUGGAUAUUAGGGAAUUGGGGAUUCAAUUUGGAUGUGUUAGGCUCAUACCUUUUGUGAAGAAGGGCUUAUCCCUCUACAAGGAUCGGUUUUUGGUAUCAUUGCCUUCUUCCAGGCAGGCCAGUGCAGACUUCACCAGGCCAGUGUUUACUGCUGUGGCAUUUUACUUGUGCGCUAAAAAACACAAGCUUAAGAUUGACAAGGUUAGGUUGAUUGAGGUUUGUGGCACCUCUGAAUCUGAGUUUUCUUGUGUCUCCACCUCCAUGAAAGAUCUGUGUCAUGAUGUUUUUGGGAUCUCAAGUGAGAAAAAAGAUCCCAAGGAAGUGAAAGGAAACCGAGAACUGCUAGACGUGUUACCUGAAAAAAGAAAAUUUGAUGAUGGUGGUUAUUUAUCUGAUGAAGGACCAGAGCUUUCAAGUUACAAGCGAGCAAAGAAAAUGGAGAAAGCUGGUUAUGAAGAGUGGAAAUCAUCUGUUCUAUCAUCUAACAAAAAAAGCGCAAAAGAUUUGAAGUAUACAUACUAUGUGUAGGCAACUCGGCUGCAACACUGCAGCCAUCAGCUUCCUUUUGCUCUAGCUAGACAGUUUUGUUUUGGCAAGGGUGGUUUUGGGUACUAGGCAAUAUUUUCCUGAUUAAGACUUUCACGAGAACAAGUUAUCCUUGUCGCACAUGUUCGGAGCUUUGCACAAUCAUCGGUUGGAAGUGCUUCUCCUUGACAUGGUCGACGGCGGUUUAUCAUUUAUCCUCUCCGGCACGUCGGCUCGAACUUCCAUAUUUUACUCCACGUUCGCCACUGUCAAAACGGUUGAUGAUCAUUUCCAUCAGUGGAACAUUCCAUUAAGUUUUUGGAUCUAAUUAAAAUUUUCAGAUUUUUAAAA